AGUGCGAGCAGCGCGUAAUAAGAGGCGGUAGGGCUUUAUGGUGGUGGCGCGGGCUCGGCGGUUGAUAUUGGCGGCGCUUGGGGGUGAAAUAAACGGCGUGAUCCUGGUGCUCGGCCCGCCGAGGCGGUGCACACCGACGGAAGGGGCGAAGGGCGGAACAGAGCCGGAGCCCCGUUGUGUCGAACCCCCAGGUGGAGACGAGUGGGGAGGGGGCGCGGUGGGCUGCUGAAGGCAGCCGGUUCGAGCCUGUCGUGUGGUGAACGGUCGGCUGUCCGGUCCGUGCCGGGGGUAGGCCGCGGGCCGGCGCGUGUGAGUAUUGAAACUGGAAGGAGCCAUGACAGCAGGAGGGGGAAAUGAUGAUGAUAUUCCACUGGGAGAGAGGAAGACUGUUACUGAUUUUUGCUACCUACUUGAUAAAUCUAAACAGCUCUUCAAUGGCUUAAGGGAUUUACCUCAAUAUGGGCAAAAGCAGUGGCAGUCAUAUUUUGGGCGGACUUUUGAUGUUUACACCAAGUUGUGGAAAUUUCAACAGCAGCACAGGCAAAUCCUGGAUAACAGGUAUGGCUUGAAGCGGUGGCAAAUUGGAGAAAUUGCAUCGAAAAUCGGACAACUCUACUACCACUAUUACUUGCGUACUUCUGAGACCAGUUAUCUUAAUGAAGCAUUUUCCUUCUACUCUGCAAUUAGGCAAAGGGCCUAUUAUUCCCAGGUCACCAAGGAAGAUCGGCCUGAGCUUGUAGUUAAAAAGCUACGGUAUUAUGCUCGAUACAUAGUAGUUUGUCUGCUGCUUAACAAAAUGGACCUUGUCAGAGAUCUUGUAAAGGAAUUGUCAGAUGAGAUUGAAGAUUAUACACAUCGCUUCAACACUGAAGAUCAGCUAGAGUGGAAUCUUGUAUUACAAGAGGUGGCUGCUUUUGUUGAGGCAGAUCCUGCAAUUGUGUUAAAUGAUGACAACAGCAUUGUGGUAACCUCCAAUCGUCUGGCAGAAGGAGUCGUCCCACCACUGGAACAGGGGAUGGUAGCUGGCCAGUUGGCAUUAGCAGAUGCAUUAAUUAUUGGAAACUGCAGCAGUCAGGUUAAGUUCAGUGAAUUAACUAUUGACAUGUUCAGAAUGCUGCAGGCCCUGGAACGAGAACCUAUUAAUUUGACUUCGCAGUUAGGCAAGACUGGAGCGCAGGAGCCAACAGAGAAGCCAUCAAAACGAGAAAAUCCACAUAAAUAUUUGCUGUACAAGCCAACAUUCAGUCAACUUUAUACAUUUCUUUCUGCAUCAUUUAAGGAGCUGCCUGGAAACAGCGUCCUGCUGGUGUACCUGUCAGCUACUGGUGUGUUUCCCACAGGUCGCUGUGAUUAUGAAGGUCCUUAUGACUUUGGAGGAGUACUCACCAACAAUAAUCGUGACACAGGAAACAUGGAAGUAAUACAAAAACGCAGCAAUUCGUUUAAAGAAAUGCACUGUCUUCAUCCGGGUGACUUUUUUCCUUUUACACGGAAACCAUUGUUUCUAAUUGUAGACUCUUCAAAUAGUAUAGCAUAUAAGAAUUUUAUCAACUUGUUUGGUCAGCCUUUAGUUUGUCUACUUUCUCCAACAGCAUAUCCCAAAGGUUUACAAGAUCAAACUCAACGAGGCAGUCUUUUCACCCUUUUUCUCUAUAAUCCUUUGAUGGCAUUUCUCUUUAUGUGCCGACUCACAAGCAUGAGAAAAGGGUUGUGGGAUAAAUGUCAAGAAUACCUUCUUAAGAUUUAUAGAGACAUAGCUCACCUGCUGACUAAAUCACGGACCGUGGAUCAGGCAUUUCUUCAGUUCUUUGGUGAUGAUUUUCUUCGAUUACUGUUGACGCGCUUUGUUCUCUGCUCUGCAACCAUGAGACUGCACAAAAUGUUUAGGGAAACUCGUAAUUACCCAGAAACAUACCCACAGUUACAGAAAGAAGAUAGUGUGGAGAACCCUGUUCUCCAGAAUCACAUUCUAGAACUGGCUUCCAUUUUGGACGUUCGAAACCUUUUCCUGGAAAAGACCACUGAUGAAUAUUAGAAGAUUGAGAAACUUAACAUUUUACUUUGAAGCUAAUGCUUCUGAAGACUAUUUCCUUUGCAUUUGUGUGUAGGAAUACUGAAGCACUUCAUUUUCAAACAUAAGUCGUUUUGGUCAAGAAAUUUCGCAGAAUCUCUAAUCUGCAGAAUGAUGUUGUUUCAGUAGUUGAUGCUUGUCCCAUAGUCAAAGUGUAGUAACAGUGUUGUGAUUAAAACAUUAACAUGGCAGGACACAAGUAUAAAGAUGAUUUAUAAACAAGUAGCUAAAAGGGCAUUAACAACUAAAGCAAUAGAAGCUUUUUGACUCGUUCUGUGUCACAGUGGAACACCCAGAUGUUAAGGGUGUCAUUUUAAGAGUUUUAUAAAUUAUCACUUGGCAGCAAAUAUGUAUAAAAAGAUAUCUAUAUAUGAUAAGAAAAUAUUGCCCGUGACAUUGUGCUCCAUUUUGUGUAUUCUAGUUAAUCAUGUGUACUAGGUUUGGACUUAUUAGUUCAUCCCUUUGAUAUUUUGUUUAUAUAAUUAUUGGGAUCCAGCACACCAACUGCGUUUUACUGCAAUUUGAUAAAAUGUGGCCUGGAGCACGGAGUGGGUGACAGUGCACUGAGAUUAUUAAGCAUGUUCUGUUGAUGUGAGUGAACUAUUGCUACCAGAAGACAUUCAAAACCGAAUCCUGAAAGUAAGUUUGUGUCUGCAUCCAGAUUUUCUUUUAUAAUGGAAUCAUUAUAAAAUGCAGUGGCAUGUUAGGUGAAAUCUUACAAUGUGGUCUGAUUUAAUUCACUUCUUUUCUAUGUAUGCCUAGAAAAUAAUUGUUUACGUUUGCAACUAAGUAUCAUUUUAAGGAAAUAAAUUUAAUAGACUUAACUUAAAUAUUCCCCACUUGUUUCUUCUUUGAUAGAGAAACAGUUUUAGUUGUAAGUUUACAAGCAGCUAUAACUUAAUGUUGUUGUGCCCCUAAAAGACUCGUAGAAAUUAGAAGCUGAAAAGUGUGUUGUGUUCUCAACACAGUAACUGUAAGUGUUCAUAUAACUUAUGGUUAUUAUUGUGAUACAUAACUGACUUUUCUUUUAGCCAUAUGACGCUGCUACAUUUUUAUAUAUACAUACUUGAAGGUUUUUUGUGUAAGUGCUUUGAUAUUCAUGUUUGCCAAAUUUACUUUGUAUUUUACAUUAUGUAAAGGAAGUAAGUCUUUCCUGCAUUAGAUUUUGAUUUGGCUAUGACAAAUUACAGGACUAUUAAAGAUGCUUUUUUAUGCUUGUGACCACAUAUUUUGCAUUGUGUUAGCUCAUAUUUCCUUUAGUUAUCAUUAUCUUCUGUUUGCAAGCAACUUUGAACUUGUGUGAAAUUUUUCUGAUAUGAAGAUUUAGUGACUAUCAAAUCAUUAUGUAGAUCUGGUUUAAUAUGUUAUUGGUCUGAUAUUCUGUCACUUGAAUUUGUCUUGUUAAAGUCUAAAUGUAUUUUGGCUAAAUAUAAUUUUGAAAUAAGCAAAACAAGAAGGCAGCUUAAUUAGAAUUCUUACUGGCCAAAUGACACAGGAGGACAUUGUGGUAUUGACAAUGCUUCCUGCUUCCAAAGUUCGAAAAGUGGCCGAUAAUUAACUUGUAAAUAACUGCAACAAGAAUUAUUGUUUAAAGUUUUUUUUUUAAGAGAAUUUUUUUGUGAAUCAUGUUGUAUUUACCUGGUGCAGUCUGACUCCCGAGCUGCACUUUAUUCACAUGUGCAUGUGUUUGAUUUAAAUGUGAUCUUUUGCUACUAUCUUGAAGCAAAAAAAAUGCAAGAUGAAAGAGUUCUAUACUUUUAGUGAUAUUUAAAGAAAAACAGAUGGCACACACUGGAGAAGAUGUUCUCACUGUCUGGAUAUUAUUUGUCUUGUGAUUAGUUUAACUGUUGUACAUUUUAGUUUCUAUUGUGUGUUUGUAAUAAAUGUGUAUUACUCAAUGCUCUAUCAAUGAGACACAAUAAAAAGAAAUGCUAAAGCUGUGUUAAUUCUUUAUGUGGUACAGAACAUACAGUAUCGAUAAUGCUGGGAUUCAAUAUUAAAAUGGGAAUGCAUUCUUAAAGUCCUUUAUUAUCGGCAUGAUUAAAAGGAACAGUUUUAUGAUUGGUUUCAAAGUUCCCCCCUCAUUCUCUUACACUCCAUUUCAACCUUUCCCUGUAACUUAGGCCCUUAAAUCCCAGCAACAUCCUUUGGGUGGAAAAGUUUAUUCCCCUUCUUAAGUUUAUUCCCCUUCUUAAUCUGCAGCAAUUUAACAAUAGCUCUAUACUGUAAGAAGCCAGCAUUGUAGAGUUUCUAGUUGUUGUAGUUUCUUAAGACAUUGUUCAAAGUAAAUUUAUUAUCAAACAUGUAUAUGUCACCCUAUACCAUCUUGAGAUUCAUUUUUCUGCAGGCAUUUACAGGAAAAUAAAUACAAUAGAACCAUACAUAACAAAGACUGACAACCAACAUGCAAAAGAAAAUAAAUCAUGCCAACAAUUAAUAAAUAAUACUGAGAACUUCAGUUGCAGAGUCCUUACGUGAGUCUAUGGGGUUAUAGAGUCAGUUAGGCAUUAAGGUGAGUGAAGUUAACCACACUGGUUCAGGAGCCUGAUGGUUGUAUAGGAAAUAACUGUUCCUGAACCUGGUGGCUGAGAACUAAGGCUCCUGUACCUCCUUCCCAACAGGAGCUGCAAGAAGGGAGCGUGGCCAGGUUGGUGGGGGUCCUGGGUGACGGAUGCUGCUUUCUUGCAGCAGCACUCCUUGUAAAUGUACUGCAUGGUGUGGGGGUAGUGAGGGGCUUUUCCGGUGAAGGACUAGGCUGUAUUCACCACUUUCCUGGACAUUGGUGUUUCAAUACCAGGCUGUGACGUAUCUGUUUUGGCAUUGCAGGAAUCUGUUUACUCAUGACCAUAUUUCAUGCAAUUUACUUCCCCACUUCCUUGAAAAAGUUACUCAGUUCCUCAUCCAAGUUUCUCUAACUCAAAGACAGCCAAUGAACGUCCCCUUUAUCUUUAUUUAGGGAUACAUUGCGGAAUAUGCCCUUCAAGCUGCAACUCCAAUUUAACCCCACCCUAGACAGGACAAUUUACAAUGACCAAUUAACCUAUCUGUAGGUCUUCAAAGUGUGGGAGGACCUGGAGAAAAUCCACACGUUCCACAGGGAGGAAGUACCAACUCCUUACAGAGGAUGCCACAAUUUAACUCCAAACUCAUGACAACUCGAGCUGUAAUUGUGCCCUGCUAUUUCAGCUCGGAUUAUGAUAAGAAUAGAAAUCUAGCCUUACUACCUUGUACAUUGGUGGGAGUUCUGCACUGUUAGAAGAACCAACUUUCGGAGAGGUAUUACAGUAGGGAGCUCCCCCAUGUGCCUGGUCAUCAUUUUCAUUUAACCAACCACACAAACACAGAUCAUCAAGUAUUUUAUCACCUCAUUGUUUGCAGUGUGUGGUAACUGGCUGCUCUAUUUCCUACUUUGCAACAGUAAUUAUACUUAACUUGGCUUUUAAAUGCUUUGUUAUGCCCAAAGGUUAUGAUGGAAGCUGUAAUACUUAUCAGUAAAGGCUUUUGGCAAUGUUCAUGACCAUGCUCCCAAUGCAAAGGAUCUUCCUGUGUUAA